CUCUACCUUCUUUUUUUCCGUCGGUGGAGGCCAUGAUGGGAGCCUGAGAGUUCAGCUGGAGCGAGAGGAACGAGAAAAGAAGAUGAUUCCCCGGGACGUAUCUGUCAAACCAAUCUGUGCAGAUUUCUGAUCAUUGUAUAGUCUAUAUACAUUUAAGGUGGAGCCUGUCACUUUUUUUCAGAUAUGCUCUUGGCAAUCAGUCGAUGACAAUGUUGAUCCGUUAGGAGGCUUUUUGAUCGAAAAAGGAGGUAGCAAUAGCUAUUGUUGCUAGCUAGCUGUGCUAGCUAGCUAGCUAGUUAGCUAGCGAGCUAGCUACGUCUGAGUGGCUGGAUACGGGUUUCAGAACCGGUGAGUUCUCUAUCCUCUCGCUGUCAAUCGCGGCGGCUGCGAUUGAGUCAUCAGUUUGGACCUUGUCUGGCAUCUGAAGGUUUUUCUGAGGACAACUGCAUGUAUUUUAUUCGGGGGUGUUUGCAAGACGAAUUGCAGGAUUGGGAAAGUCGGGCCUGCACGGAGGAGCAGAGCGAGGCCCGUCUUUAUGAUCCAGAGGAAGCCUUUCUAAUCCUACCGACAGCCACUGCUAGCUCUGCUGGCUAGCACGUCUCUGCUGAGGACCUGCAAAAUUCAGAGAGCAGCCAGCGACCGAGAGCAGACCCAUUGACUGCGACACAAACGACCAGACAGCCAAUAAUAGAAAAACUUGUUUUUCAUCAUUUACCCCAUAUAGACUCCUGUCACCUGCGACAAUGGCUGCUAUUAUAAAAGAAAUGGUCAGCCGGAACAAAAGGAGAUAUCAAGAGGAUGGGUUCGACUUGGACUUAACAUAUAUCUACCCAAACAUCAUUGCUAUGGGCUUUCCAGCAGAGAGACUCGAAGGCGUGUACAGAAACAAUAUAGACGAUGUAGUACGGUUUUUGGAUUCAAAGCAUAAAAACCAUUACAAAAUCUACAACCUCUGCGCAGAAAGACACUACGAUGCUGCCAAAUUUAACUGCAGAGUUGCACAGUACCCUUUCGAAGACCACAACCCUCCUCAGCUGGAGCUAAUUAAGCCGUUUUGUGAAGACCUGGACCAGUGGCUCAGCGAGGAUGACAAUCAUGUGGCGGCCAUCCACUGUAAGGCUGGGAAGGGCCGCACUGGAGUCAUGAUCUGCGCCUAUCUCCUCCAUCGCGGUAAAUUCCUGGAGGCCCAAGAAGCGCUUGACUUUUACGGUGAAGUCAGGACAAGGGACAAGAAGGGAGUAACGAUCCCGAGCCAGCGCCGUUACGUCUACUACUACAGCUACCUACUGAAGAACCAGCUAGAGUACAAGCCGGUGGCGCUUCUCUUCCACAAAAUGGUGUUCGAGACUCUCCCCAUGUUCAGCGGGGGCACCUGCAGGGACAGUACCGUUAAAAACAGGAGCGAGCCGACCCCUCAGGGCUUCAAGAAAGGGAAUUGGCAUUGGGACCCCCAGUUUGUGGUGUACCAGCUGAAAGUGAAGAUUCACACGUCGAACCCCGCGCACACGCGGCGCGAGGACAAGCACAUGUUUUUCGAAUUCCCCCAACCGCUGCCAGUUUGUGGAGACAUCAAAGUGGAGUUCUUCCAUAAACAGAAUAAGAUGAUGAAGAAGGACAAAAUGUUCCACUUCUGGGUGAACACCUUCUUCAUCCCUGGACCAGAGGAGAGUGGGAGCAAGUUGGAGAACGGGGCGGUGAACAAUGCAGACAGCCAGCAGAGGGUACCGGCAACGGGCCAGGGCCAUCCGCCGAGCGCCGAGUGCAGGGACAGCUGUAGGGAAAGCGGCAGGGAAAGCGACAGGGACAGGGACUACCUCAUCCUGACGCUCACUAAGAAUGACUUAGACAAGGCCAACAAAGACAAAGCUAACCGCUACUUCUCGCCAAACUUCAAGGUGAAGUUGUAUUUUACGAAAACCGUGGAGGAGCCUUCGAAUUCUGAGGCAAGCACUUCGACAUCCGUCACCCCGGACGUUAGCGACAAUGAGCCAGACCAUUAUCGAUACUCUGACACCACUGACUCUGAUCCGGAAAAUGAACCUUUUGAUGAAGAGCAGCACACGCAAAUCACAAAAGUGUGAACUCUUUUUAAACAGGAAAAGAAGAAAUUAUACACCAGAAAAAAAGGAGAAAACUUGAAUAUAAACUCAAAAGAAGAACCUUUGUCCCUUCCCUCCCCAAGACGGCAAUAGAAUAUCAUCAUGUCAAAUGCCAAUUUUAGGGAAAAAAAAAAAAGAUAAAUAUCCUGACCAAUAUAUUUUUUCUUUUCUUUGUUUUUUUGUUUUUUUUGUUUUUUGUUUUUGUAGGGUUCUUUUUCUCUCUCUCUCUCUCUCUGGCACAGCCAUGUACCAUGUGCGAGGUAUUGACACUGUUGCCCCAUGGGAAAAGGUGCUGUAGCUAUACAUAUAUACAUAUAUAUAUCUAUUAUAUAUAUGUAUGUAUGUAUAUAUAAAAAUGAGAUAAAACACACACAAUCCCCGCAUAUAUAACAAAUUUUUGUUUGUGUCAAAGACAAUGGAAAGAGUACCACAAUCAGGAGACGGGAGUUGAAGUGUGGGAGAAGAGUUAGACUGAUAUACUAGGACUAUGCUGCUCCUUCUCCUGUCUAAACCAAGGCCAGUGCUGCAGUCACUUUGUUUCACUCCCUCUCUUCUCCUCCUCCCCCAUUCUCCUCUCAUCUUUUACUCUCCCUCCCUUCCAUCCUAUCCUCCUUUCUAUCCUCCUUUACUGUGAAUGCUUCUUGUGCUCUCUUUGCAGGCUGUCUCACGUGACUUUUGGUCUUUGUGCAGUGCAAACUGCAUGCGGGCAGUGGGUUGGGGGUGGGUGGGGUUAUGAAGAGGCUGUGAUGAUGUCUAAAGCAUUGCCAUUCCUGUUCCCACUGUGUAUACGUUAAAUUAUGCAGAACAAGGCAUCCCAUGUAAUUGUUAAUGUUUUUUUUUAUCCUAAGAUAAUAAAAAUAUAAUACACAAAA